UCUGCCAUCCAGGCGCAACCAAUGUGCCAAAUCAAUUUACAAGUUUUGCCCAUAGAAGCCCCGCCCACCUUAGAGUAGUUCAGAGCCCCUUCAACAAAGUUCGCAUCAAAUCGCAUUACCAUGCAUGCUCUCCCUAAUUCAGGACCUGCGCUAGAGACAGUGAUUGCUGCGACGAUCUUCGCUGUAAUUUACGAUCGGUGAGUACUGUAGUACUAUGAGUGGUUUGCUUUGCAUCCAGGAUUCAACCCCAUUGCUUACCCCAUGCACUUUGCAAUCUCAAUAGUCUAAAGAUUCUACAAUCACUAAGUGGACUGCUCACCGAUGGGCUGGCAGCACAUCUGGACAGCGAUGCUAUGGCUGAUGGCACAACACGUAGUUUGUCGACUGAAUAUCGAUCGAUGUGAGGAGUCCAGAUCUGUGCCGUGGCAUUCGAUAUUGCCAAAGUCUGCAACGGUUGUAAGCAGUCGAGACGGGACCAUUACUAACAGUGGGCGCGUCCAAGGCCUCGGACUCACCACGACUGACAUUAUUAUUUGACCCAGUUGAUGC